AUGUGCAGUUGCGACCGUACCAUACCGGGGGUGUCACAAAAGUUUGGUUGGUGCUGCAGUCAGUCUCAGCAGCUCGGUGAGGAAGACGACAUCGACCACCUCACUUUCCUAGGCUCCGCAUUGUUCACCAGACGCGUAUCCGGGCCGCGAGUGGUCCUUUGUACCCCACCGUCGGCUGCGGCUUUGCAGGAUGCAGCGAAGCCGGAAGACCAAGCAGAGUCGGUCAAAGUGAAGGGCAAGUAUCGAAAGGUCAUCGACGGAACACCCUUCGAAUGCUAUGGAGCCCAUACAAACGCCUAUCCCUGCUGCUAUUUGACCGCUGCUUGCGCAAUAGGUGCGGAGAAGAAAGAGAUGGAUUGCUUCCUCGAGCGUUUCGAAGCUGCUGUGCAGGAUUACCGAAAUGGUGCUGGCAGAAAGGACAAGGUCGGUGCCAAGCCUGUGCUUGGAAGCUGA